AUGCAAAAUCUUCCUUUCACAUUGGAUCUGCUCUUUGCCUGCGUGUCCCUAUACCUGUUAAAAUGGUAUAUCUCUUAUCGACAUGUUGACAGAAAGAUCCCUGGGCCGGCCGGACUGCCAGUCAUUGGGAACCUCUUCGACAUUCCUAGGGAAGACGAAUGUCGGGUUUUUAGUGGAUGGGCAAGGACAUACGGCGAUAUCUGCACCGUCAAGGCCCUCGGAAAGCAGAUUGUCAUCUUGAACUGCCCCCAGCUUGCACACGACAUGCUAAUGAAAAAGGCUUCUAUCUACAGCGACCGUCCACACUUCACCAUGGCCUCCGAGCUCGUUGGCUGGGAGGAUGCUGUCGUCAUGCUCCCGGCUAACUCUUCUCGUUUUAAAUCAUACCGGAAGUACAUGCACCAGGCUAUUGGCAGUCGCAAUAGCGUGACAAUGUUCAAUGACAUGAUGGACGAGGAAACCAUGCGGUGUCUACGAGAUCUCCUCGUUGAACCUAAUAACUUCGAAGGACCUAUUCGCAGGGCUGUUGGCACCAUCAUCCUCAUGAUCACGCAUGGAUACAGGCCUUCGAGCAGUGACGAUGAGUUAGUGAAGACGGCAGACGAUGCUACUGAUCAGCUCAGCCAUCUAUUGGCGCCUGGGAACUUCCUCGUUGACACCCUGCCCUUCUUAAAAUAUACCCCUUCAUGGGUACCAUUCCAGAAACUUGCUGUAGAAUGGAAAAAGACUCUCUAUAGUCUCACCGAUGGGUCUUUUGCCUUCGUCAAGGAGCAAAUUGCUUCUGGCACCGCUCGGCCAAGUCUUGUGAGUAACUUGUUGAUGCACCAGGAGUUAUCUACAGAAGACGAGAAGAACGUCAAAUGGGCAGCGUCAUCGCUCUACUCUGCUGGCAUCGACAACCCCGUCAAUGCUCUCGCAACCUUCUUCUUAGCAAUGACUAUCUACCCCGACGUCCAACUUCGAGCGCAGAAGGAGAUCGACUGUGUCGUAGGCUCCAACAGGAUCCCUGACUUCUCCGACAGGUCUCAGCUACCUUACGUCAAUGCGCUUGUGAAGGAGCUUAUUCGGUGGGGGCCGACUGCACCUCUUGGUGCGCCGCACUGCGUCACUCAGGAUGACGUCCAUAAUGGAUAUUUCAUCCCCAAGGGCACAACCAUCAUCGCAAACAUCUGGCAUUUCCUUCACGAUCCGAAAGUAUACCCAAAUCCUGAGAUCUUGGAUCCCACACGCCAUAUCUCCCGCCCAGGGAGCCCGGCACAGAAGGACCCAUAUGAUGUUUGCUUUGGAUACGGAAGAAGAAUUUGCCCAGGUGCCCAGCUGGCCGAUUCCAUCAUGUACAUAUUCGUCGCAAAAAUCCUCUGCAUGUACAACAUCAAGAAGCCAUCGGCCAACGCCACGGAUCCGAGGUGCGAGUUUACGAGUGGCGUGUUGGUUAAACCGAAGCCGUUCCAAACAAGAGUUACGUUACGUUAUGAGAAGGCCCAUCUGGCCCGUUUGUUCGACUCCCUCUGA